AUGACCGCGUCCGUGGAGGGUGAGGCGGGGCGGCCGGACCCGACGGCGGCGGCGGCGGCGGCGCAGCUGGUGAGCCCGGCGCAGCUGGUGACCCUGGCGCUGCUGCUGACCCUGCUGGCGGCCUGGGUCCGGCGCGGAUCGGGGCGCGUUCGCCGGGACGGGCUCCGGACCCCUCCGGGCCCCUUCCCGUGGCCCCUGGUGGGCAACCUGGUGCAGCUGGGCAGCGCCCCGCACCUGGCCCUGGGCGCGCUGGCCGGGCGCUACGGCUCGGUGUUCCGGCUGCGCCUGGGGGCCCGGCCGGCGGUGGUGCUCAGCGGGCAGCGCGCCAUCCGCCAGGCCCUGCUGCGCCAGGCCGGGGACUUCUCCGGCCGGCCGGCCUUCCCGUCGUUCGGCGAGGUGUCCGGCGGCCGCAGCCUGGCCUUCGGGCCCUACUCGGCCGGCUGGAGGGCGCGGCGCAAGCUGGCCCAGGGCGCGGUGCGGGCCUUGUCCGGCCGGGCGGGCCUGGAGCGGCCGGUGCUGGGCGAGGCGCGGGAGCUGGUGCGCCGGCUGGCCCGGGGCUGCGCGGGGGGCGCCUCGCUGGACCCGGCCCCUCCGGCCGGCCUGGCCGUGGCCAACGUCAUGCGCGCCCUCUGCUUCGGCGGACGCUCCUCCCCCGACGGUCCCCCCGACGUCCCCUGCGAGGACUUCGGCCGCACGGUGGGCGCCGGGGGGCUGGUGGACGCGCUGCCCUGGCUGCGCCGCUUCCCCAACCCCGCACGCUCGGCCUUCCGAGACUUCCAGCGCUUCAACCGACGCUUCUACGGCUUCGUCCUCCGCCGGUGCCGGCGCCGCCGCCGCCGGCCCGCCCCGCCGCCCGGCCGCCCGCCCCGGCACAUGCUCGACGCCCUCCUCGGCGCCGCCCGCGCCCAACGGCCCCCGCUGCCCUUCGACCAAGUGCCCCCCACCCUCACCGACAUCUUCGGCGCCAGCCAGGACACCCUCUCCACAGCCCUCCACUGGCUGCUCCUCCUCUUCGUCAGGUUCCCCAAAGUGCAAGCUGAAGUGCAAGAAGAACUGGACAGAGUCGUGGGCAGGGAGCGCCUGCCGUGUAUGGCCGAUCAGCCAACGUUGCCCUACCUUAUGGCCUUCCUAUACGAGGCCAUGCGCUUCAGCAGUUUCGUGCCUCUCACCAUCCCUCACGCCACCACAUCCGACACCUCGAUCCUGGGGUUCCACAUUCCCAAGGACACGGUGGUGCUCAUCAACCAGUGGUCGGUGAAUCACGACCCGGUGACAUGGCGUAACCCGGAGGAUUUCUGUCCAGCCAGGUUUCUGGACAAGAAUGGGUUCGUGGACAAGGAUCUGGCCAGCAGCGUGAUGAUCUUCUCGCUGGGCAAACGGCGGUGCAUCGGAGAAGAGCUCUCCAAGCUACAGCUGUUUCUCUUCACUGCCAUCCUCGCCCACCAGUGCAAUUUCAUCGCCGAUCCGGACGAGAUCGCCAAAGUGAAGUUCAGCUACGGGUUGACUAUCAAACCCAAGCCAUUUAAAAUCAAUGUUACCCUUAGAGAGUCGAUGGAGCUUCUGGAUAAGGCUGUCCAAAGACUGCAAGAGGAAGAAGACAGCCAGUGAAAGGUGUGCAGCCUUGUAGUAGGGAGGAAAAAGACCCUUCUUCUGCUUGUCUCCCUCUGCCAUGGACGGGGUCCGCGGGCUGCGCGUGGGAGAGAGUGACCCCAAGAGGACUACUCAUGAGCCCGAGAAGUGAGGGGAAGCCUCUCUUGGAACCAGACGAACGACUGACAAGAAGACCCGAGGGCUGUGGAGUAAAUGGUCGAGGAGAGCCGGGAAAUGCGGCGCUGACACCGAAAGGCUUAAGCUUUAGAAGGCAAAAUGUGAUUUAGGGAAAGGAAGCGCAAGGAAGACCGCCGGGCUCCAUCGGAGGGCUCUCCCAACACAAUCCUUUGAAAUCCAUAAGGGUCCCUUCAAGAAAACUGGGUUCUAGUCCUCGUUGCCCGGUGUCGCUUCCUCAGCUCUCGAUUUGGGUUUGGAGAGAUUUUUCAGAUUGGGGUCAAGGCGUUUGUUUCGAGAGGGGAAUGGGAGGUUGGUCUCUCCCCUACUGUGUUAGUAGGGUGGGUUCUAAUGCUUUACGGUGAUCAUUGAGUGGCAGCUCGUUACCAUUUCAGGCUCAUGUCUUCUUGCCUUGUACUUUCGAAAGUAUUUGUGAAUAUGUGUUAAGGAAACAAAGAUCUGAUUACAAGCACAAUGAUAUUUCAGAGCAGAUGUGAAUAUAAGGCACUGAUUUCAUUACUUCUCAAGUGUGAAUUAAAAUGGUCACAUCACCGAAUUGUACUCAACGCGCACAAAUAAGCACUUCUACAUUUAUUCAUAAGCUGCAAAGAAGUAUUGAUAAAAGAGAUGGUAUAGGAACUGA